CAGCAUGAGACACUUCUCUUCUCGGAUCAUGCAAGCAUGGAAAUAUUUGAAGGAAAAGUCGUUUUGACAGCUCACACAAAGCAAAGAGGCAUGUGGAGGACCCUAACCCUCUCGCUGAUAGUUGCACUAGCGUUGGGCACACAGGUGUCCCAGGCUGAGGAUGUGUGGCCCCCGGGGGAUGUUGAGAAUUCGUCGGAGGAUCAGCAACACAAUAUCAGCGACAUAUCCGCCAUACUAGGAAAUUCCCGACACCAGAUUCUGGCUGCUCAGUAUGAGUGCUACCUGAAGAUCAUCCAUGAUCCACCACGUACAGAUGAUGGUACUUUCUGUAACCGUACGUGGGACGGCUGGCUGUGCUGGGGGGAUACAAGUCCAGGGACUGUCAUGCAGAUGUGUCCUGAAUAUUUUCACGACUUUGACCCUGCUGAGAAAGUUACUAAAGUCUGUAAUUCUGAUGGCCAGUGGUUCCACCACCCGGAGAGCAACAGAGUCUGGUCCAAUUACACCCAGUGUCAGAUCUACACCAUAGGCAAACGCAAGUUUACCAUCAGUCUCUACUACCUAGCCAUGGUGGGUCAUGCGCUGUCUAUUGUCUCCCUUAUCAUCUCUCUGAUCAUCUUCUCCUUCUUGAAGAGUCUUAGCUGCCAGAGAAUCUCUCUCCACAAGAACAUGUUUCUCUCUUUCAUCUUGAACUCCAUUGUCACCAUAAUGUGGCUCUCGCUCAGUGUGGCCAAUACCCAGGCCAUAAAUGCCAGCAACCCUGUGAGCUGUAAGAUUUUGGCUGUACUGGUCCAGUAUACGUCUACUUGCAACUACUUCUGGAUGUUGUGUGAAGGCAUCUACCUCCACACACUCAUCAUAGUGGCAGUCUUUGUGGGCGAGCAGCAGCUCUUCUGGUACUACGUCCUGGGAUGGGGCUUUCCCAUAAUUCCUGCCGUCACGUACGCUGUGGCUCGUGGGCUCUUCUUUAAUGACAGGUGUUGGAUCAGUGCCCACACUCACCUGCUCUACAUCAUUCACGGGCCCAUUCAAGCUGCACUGCUUGUGAACUUCUUCUUUCUCCUGAACAUUGUCCGGGUUCUGAUCACCAAGCUGAAGGAAACUCACUGCGCUGAGUCCACCGCCUACAUGAAAGCAGUGAGAGCCACCCUCAUCCUCAUACCUCUGCUGGGAGUUCAGUACAUCCUUUUCCCCUCGAGGCCGGAGGGACGCACCAGCCGGGCCGUCUAUGACUUCUUUAUAAAUAUCUUCAGCCACUUCCAGGGACUCCUGGUGGCAAUUAUAUUCUGUUUCUGCAAUGCUGAGGCUCAAACAGCUUUGCAGAGGAAAUGGGCUCAGUGGAAGUCUGCCUGGGGUAAGACCGGCUGGGGAGAAACACCCAUCACCAACAAUCACUUUAACUACCACACCAACUCCUCCAUCACGGAAACCAGCCGCGCCACCAUCAGCUUGGAGCAACCUUGCACGCCUUUUGAACAAGAGCAUAACAACCACUUCAUGUCCAGUGAGCAAGGGGAAGCCAACGGGCAGAAAAAGAACAGCAAGACCUGCAGUAAUGGGGAGGUGGAUGUGCUGAACAACCUGGAGACCACUUACAUCUGAAAGCAGUGAGGUGAUGUUUGCGGUGCCGAAUGUGCACGCUCAUAGAAGUGUAAAAAAAAAAAGAGAAAAAAGAGAUUACAGGUGAAUUCAAAAUAAAGUUUCACUGAUGGAAGAGUGUAUAAAAUAUCUGAAGAGCACUUAAAAAGCUUAUGAUGUUCACACACUUUUUACAGCAACAGCUUUACUUUAUGGACUCAUAUGAACCGAUGAGCACAACAUCAUUUAUACCAUAUUGUCAUUCUGUAAUCCGAGUAUAUUAAUGGAUUUUGUGCUCUGUUGCUGUAAUUAAGUUCACUUACAUAUUUUGGUUGUUUGUUUUCCUAGCUUUUAGCAUCUAUUUUUUAAGUAUGGAGAGAGGUGUAUAACUCAAACCUGCCAUUUUGAUAUUACAGAGGCAGAGAUGUGUGUUUGCAUAAUCUGCCUAAGCUUCUGAAUGCUUUACCUGUGCACCACUGUGACCAAUGAAUGUCAUAGCCUACUGAUGUGAUCACAAGUCUACUUCUGCAUGCUUUUAUCUGAGAAUGAUGAUACAGUCAUCAAUGGCCUGCGGAAAGCCAGCAUCCCCAUUUAAGCUGUUUCUGACAAUGAGAACCACAAUGAGAGAAUCGUGGCGUUAGCAGGAUGAAACACAGCAAAUGUGAUUCCCAAUUCAUUUCACAUUUGCUGAUGACAUGUAAUAGAAAAAAACAUUUAGUCUCAGUUAAAGGAAAGGAAUGAUUUUGUACUUAUCUGCCCUAUAAAGGCAAAGUAACGGGGUCAAAAUAAGUGAAGACAAAAGAAAUCCAAAUGAGGUUUAAUUAUCUGUGGUCUCUAGAAGCCCUCCCAUGCCCCUUACUGUACUCUGUGUGUCACAGAUAGCUAACUCUCAAACUGAACAGCUAAGCAAGUGAGCUAACUAACCAAGCUGUUAUUAAAUAAAUAUAUCAAUAUGUUGACAUUUAUCUGACAAUAUAGUAUUCCAUAUAACUAUAUGAGGCAGCAGCUGAAUCCAAUCCAAAAAACUGAAACCUAGCUAAAGUCCUACUAUGGCUAACUAGCUUAGCAGAGUAGCAGUGGCUGUCAGUUUUAGAGUCAAGUGUGAAUCCAUAUGAUCAAGUGAGGAUAGGUUGCCUUAAAUUACAUGUUUAAAUGUAGUAAACUGUGAAUUAAUUCACCAUAUUGGUUUCUGUAUAAAUAUAUGGACAGAAAUAUAUCUGUUAACAUACAUGUAUUGUCUCAGAAUGGCCCUACAUAAUCCAAAUAAAGUUUAUUUUCUCAAAGUGGAUAACAACAGGGAAAGAACUUCCUUUCCCUGUUGAAUUCGUGAGGAUUAUUCAAAAGCAUAGGUUUUAUAUUGGUUGUAUGAUUUCUAAGCCUAAACUGACCCAAUUUUGUGUGUUUGCCUUUAUAGGGCAGAAAUGUUAAAAACAGAAUUCAUAUUUCAAUUUUGUUUGGUUAAAUCUCAUUUUCACUAUACAUGGUUUAUGGUUUAAUUUUAUGGUCACCAUGUUUGCUGACACACAUUUAGUUGGUUUUAGUAAAGUAGGUUUUCUCUUAUGUCAAAUAAACCGACCUCAUGGAGCACAAGAAAGGGCUUCUGACUUUUAUGGUCCAUGAGAAUAGAUCAGUCAGAUGAGUAGGAGAUAAAACAGUGGCAAUUUGUAUGUAAUAAUGACAUUUCUCCAUAAUGUAACAUCCUGGCUACAUGACAGCUAAACCUGCAUGUAAAGUAGUGCAUCUACUUAUGAGCUUCGUCUAAUUCCAGCUGAUUUACUUCUUAGAAUAAAUCAUUGCUCAUGUUUUUCUUCUUCCGGUGCCACCAUCUCCCACCAUUCUUGCUAUUAUGACAUUCAUUUUAUUGCAAUAAGUCAUGAAAUCUUAACUGAAGCACUGAUAUCACUGAAAUCAAAAUAGAGGCAAGGCCCAUUCAGAAUUCCAUUGUGAAAUGUUUCUGUGACAAAUGCAGUAUAGGUAUUUAAACAAGACUGCCAAAUUAGUGUAUAAAUAGUUUGGGAUUUUUUUCUAACUUCAGUCAGCAUGGGAAGGAGACAGGUGUCAGAACUGGCAUGUCUUUAUUAUGAUAGUGUUCCUAAUGCUUCUUAAUAUUCUGUGUUAUUAUUAUUGUGGAUGUUAAAAUUCUAAAAUAUUAUGGACUGUGCUAUUGUUGCAAUAUGUUUUUUUUUUCAAAUGCAUAAUAUAAUUUACUGACACUUAAUGGAGAAAUUAUUCACUGUAUUUUCCAUUGCUUAUGUAACACACUGUAUGCACACUGGCAUGCUACAGAGCCAGCACCUUUUCAAGUUUCCAUUGGAAUACUGAACAAGUCUCCUGAGUGAAAGUGAGCUUGUAGCAAAUUUGUAUCCUUCAAGGACACGUCCACACACUACAUACUGCACUGAGAAUACAAGUGUGCCUGUGUGGAUACAGGGUACAUGAUGCAUGGGGAAUAAAACACAAAAGAGGUGAGAAAACACAGAGUAUGAGAAGGCUCUGUUAAAGAGCUGUGAAUCUCAACUGAUUGUGCACAGGGACCCAACCCUGUACGUCUGUGCCAAUGCUGCCCAGUAGAGAAAACAGUUGUCACAGACAUAUUUGUAAAGAAAUCUGAGAAACAUUCCAAUAAAACAUCAAAUGUUCAAUUCAAGCAUAUUAUUGUAUAUAUAUUUUUAAUAAUGACUGUCAUCUACGAGUGGAAAUAAAGC